CGCUGGACGCCGCCGCCGCCGCCGUGGGGCUGUCCCGCGAGCGCGCCCUGGACUACUACGGGCUGUACGACGACCGCGGGCGCCCCUACGGCUACCCGGCCGUGUGCGAGGAGGACCUGAUGCCCGAGGACGACCAGCGCGCCACUCGGAACCUGUUCAUCGGGAACCUGGACCACAGCGUGUCCGAGGUGGAGCUGCGCCGGGCCUUCGAGAAGUACGGCAUCAUCGAGGAGGUGGUGAUCAAGCGGCCCGCGCGAGGGCAGGGGGGCGCCUACGCCUUCCUCAAGUUCCAGAACCUGGACAUGGCCCACAGAGCCAAGGUGGCCAUGUCGGGCCGGGUGAUCGGCAGAAACCCCAUCAAGAUAGGCUACGGCAAGGCCAACCCCACGACCCGCCUCUGGGUGGGCGGCCUGGGACCCAACACCUCGCUGGCAGCGCUGGCCCGGGAGUUCGAUCGCUUUGGAAGCAUCCGGACCAUUGACCACGUCAAAGGAGAUAGCUUUGCCUACAUCCAGUACGAGAGCUUGGACGCCGCCCAGGCCGCCUGCGCGAAGAUGAGGGGCUUCCCUCUGGGGGGUCCAGACCGCAGGCUGCGGGUGGAUUUUGCCAAAGCAGAAGAGACUCGGUACCCGCAGCAGUACCAGCCCUCGCCGCUCCCGGUGCACUACGAGCUGCUCACGGACGGAUACACGCGGCACCGGACCCUGGAUGCGGACCUGCGGGUGCGAGAUCGGACGCCUCCGCACCUUCUGUACUCAGACCGAGACAGGACCUUUUUGGAAGGGGACUGGACCAGCCCCGGUAAAAGUUCUGACCGCAGAAACAGCCUGGAGGGUUACAGUCGCUCCGUGCGCAGCCGGAGUGGCGAGCGCUGGGGAGGGGAAGGGGACAGAGGCAUGCCCAAGCCCUGGGAAGACAGGCGCAAGCGGAGGAGCCUUUCCAGCGACCGCGGGAGGACGACCCACUCUCCGUACGAGGAACGGAGCAGGACCAAGGGAGGUGGGCAGCAGACGGACCGCAGCUCGGACCGCACCCCUGAACGCAGCCGCAAGGAGAACCACUCUGGGGAAGGGACCAAGGAGUCAGGCAGCAACUCCCUCAGCAACAGCAGAUACGGGCCCGAGGAGCGGGGCCACCACCACCACCACCACGAGGCUGCAGACUCUUCCCACGGGAAGAAAACGAGAGACAGCGAGCGCAAUCAUCGGACCUCUGAGGCCGAGCCCAAGCCUCUGGAAGAGCCAAAACAUGAGACCAAAAAGCUGAAGACUCUUUCGGAGUAUGCUCAGACGCUGCAGCUGGGUUGGAAUGGGCUUUUGGUGUUGAAAAACAGCUGUUUCCCAACAUCUAUGCACAUCCUAGAGGGAGACCAGGGAGUCAUCAGUGGUCUCCUCAAAGACCACGCUUCCGGGAGCAAGCUGACCCAGCUGAAGAUCGCCCAGCGCCUUCGACUGGACCAGCCCAAGCUUGACGAGGUCACGCGGCGCAUCAAGCAGGGGAGCCCCAACGGCUACGCCGUGCUCCUAGCCACCCAGGCGGCCCCCAGCGGGCCUGGCACCGAGGCGAUGGCCACAGUGGAGCCGGGCCUGCAGAGGCGGCUUCUCAGGAACCUGGUCUCCUACUUGAAACAGAAGCAGGCUGCAGGGGUGAUCAGCCUGCCGGUGGGGGGGUCCAAGGGCAGGGACAUCACGGGCAUGCUCUACGCCUUCCCGCCCUGCGACUUCUCGCAGCAGUACCUGCAGUCCGCACUGAGGACACUGGGCAAGCUGGAGGAGGAGCACAUGGUGGUGGUCAUCGUGAGAGACACUGCCUAACCCCAACUCGGAGCCCUUACUUUUCAGAUCUGCUUCCUUCUCUACCUGCUCCCUUGGUUUGAAGUCUCUGCUGGAUUAAUUUGGUUCUGUCCACCACUAAAUUUAAGUUCUUAGAUUGUGGGGGAUUUUUUUUUUUUUUUUUUUUACAAAAAGAACCCGUUACGUUGACUUCUCUAGUGUAUGAGAUACUGUCUGCUGUAUUCUGUAUUUUUUUAUUUUUUGACUGUAUGGAAAGUUGUCAGUAAAGCCUUUGUCAGGAUGGAUUUCUAAUCCGUUCAGUGUCCGGGUUUAA